AAAUAAUUAACAUCUUCAAUUCUUCCUAUCUAUUCUUACGCAACACAACAACUCUAAGGUGGUUUUGGUUGUGAGCUUUUCAACGGAUAUUUAUCUUUCUCAAUUGCAAGAGGUUUAUGAAUGUUAGGAGGAGACUUACAAUCAUGGGUGCUCCCCAAACUGCAACAAGCCCUCCUCCUCAACUCUAUCCUCAGGAACUUCAGCUUAAGCUUUACCAGGCCUUCAUUUUCUCAAUUCCCAUACUCUUUUCCAUUAUUCUCUUUCUCCUAUUUUACUUGUUCUACCUCAAGAGAAGGGCUUCCUCUCUCUCAUCCUCUUCUCCACACUUACUUCCAAGGAUUUCAUAUCCACCAACUACUUAUCACUAUCAUUCCUCACCUUGCCGUUUGGAUCUGACCCUGCAAUUUCUGGAAAAACUUCCAAGAGUUUUAUUUGAUGAAGAUUUGCGAGCAAGGGAUUCACUAUGUUGUGUUUGUCUGGGAGAAUUUGAGAUGAAAGAAGAGGUGCUACAGAUUCCUUAUUGCAAGCAUGUGUUCCACAUUGAUUGCAUACAUCACUGGCUACAAUCAAACUCAACUUGUCCACUUUGCAGAUGUUCCAUCAUCCCCACUAUCAAGUUCCUUAAUCCAACUCCACCUAUUAAUAUUAUAUCAGACCCACCCCAGCAAGGUGCUAUCAUUUCAGACUCUCCAUUACAAAUUCUAUCAUUGCCACCUCAACCAGAAGAUGAAGCUGGUGCUUCCUCAAAUAAUGUGAAUUUGUCAAGGGAAUGAUACGUUAGUCUGAAUUAUAAUAAUGCAACGAUUUGAAGGGAGGAAUAUUCAACUAUAUAUACAUCAAGAUUGUGUAGUUGUCCACAUUAAAAAAUCAAAACCAACCAUUUAUGAAAUAAUAU